AUGCCUAUGCAAAUGAACAGGAGUCAUUCAAAGGCCUCCUAUCUAGCUCCACGAAGGGACAGAGAUCGCAUCGUUCCCGACUCAGAAACGGGAAGUUACAAGAGGACAAUGUCCCCCAAUGGACACGCUUUGCCACCAGAAUCCGUCAACGACUCUCAGAAGCUGAACAGCAGAGAAACUAUGUGGCCAGCGAACAGACCGUCUAGCAAACCUGCAAACAACAACAUCCUGAGGAGGACUUCCAUCAAAGACAAGCAGAAAAUGGAUUGCUGCGACGAUAAGGAGGACUUGAAGAAACCGAUGGUUCUUCCUGAUGUUCUUCCCGUCAACGUUAAGCUACUAGGGCCUAGAUCUCAACACUACAACAGGCCUAUGCAUCUGAGUCUUUCGCCUGACGUUAAUGACUCUGGCUUGAAUACAGUUGCGCUGAAGUCACCUCCUUCUUCUCCACCAAAGAGUCCAUCGAGAUGUUCGCCUUUUACUCCCUUGAGAACACCCAGCUUCUCCAACACGUCAACUACGUCUACAGCUACGACUAGUACUGUGGCCACUUCUACACCUACUUCGAGGUUCUCUCUUAGUUCUGUUAGCUCUUCAACCACCACUAGGACUUCCUCGGCAACGUUGCCCAGAACUAGUUCUAGUCCAAAUUCUGACUGGAAGCAAUUGAGUUAUACGCCCCCCGGAUCUCCUAAGAACACAUGCCAUCCUACCCCUAAAUCGCCUAGAAGGAUAUCCCCGUCAAUAAAGCCGUCGCUCUCUCCUAAUUCUACUAUGAAACUAUCGCCAAUCCGAAAUUCACCUAUGGCGAAUCUCACACUAAGUACACCUCUACAUAACAGCCCGAUUUCCUCACCCCAGAUUCCUACUCCGGACUCCUCACCACCUCUUUCGCCCAUCAAAUCGAAUGACUACCCACAGGUGAUAGAGGGGCUGCAACUCAUACAAAGGACUGAAGUUGUUUUGAGAGUUAACGCUUCCAUGGCUGAUGCUGCUUCUCAGACUGAAAAGGAAGAGCUUCCUCCAACUCCUUUGCCAAUCAGGAAAAAGUUACAAGAGGAGAUCGAGUGCGAGAAAUUAGCUGAGGACCUGAUGGAUCAUCUUCCGACUUCAGAUAGGUUGAAAGAGCUUUUGGUGCCUGGUCCUGAGCACAAAAAGUCUACAGACUAUGUUCAUGGGUUGUUCAGGGUGGAAGUAACCUCAAGGCCACGACCUUUGAAUUCUCCCUUCAGAAGUAAAAACAAUACUCCUAGUAGUACUCCGCCCCCUACGCUGGCUUCAGUGUCAACGAGUACUACUUGUUCCAUGUCUAUAUCGAAUAUAACCAGCAAAUUGAGCUUAUCUCCUUCAAGUACCAUGAUAGAACCAACAAGUCCACUAUCAGACCGGAAGCUAGAAGUGCUGCGCGGCGAGCAAGUGGUGGUGACUGACGAGUGCAAAAUAAACGAUGAGCUAGGCGAAAACGUCGAAUCGCACAUCGACAGGGUUGCCAGGCCGCAGGAAGUGGCCAAGUUCAGGCUGCACGUCGAAGAAGUCGGCAAAAUCACCAGUUUGCUCCUCAGCUUGUCCGGAAGACUCGCCAGGGCCGAGAACGCCCUGAUGGGCAUGGCGGAAGAUCACCCAGAAAGGAGAAUCCUAGAAGCCAAGCGGAACAAAUUGCUGGACCAAUUGGAAGAGGCGAAAAAGCUAAAGGAAAGCAUCGACCGCCGUAGUGUCAACGUUUCGAACUUCCUGUACAAAUAUCUGAACUCCGAAGAAUACGCCGACUAUGAUCACUUCAUAAACAUGAAGGCCAAACUCAUUAUGGACUCGAAAGAGAUCAGCGAAAAGAUAAAGUUAGGAGAAGAGCAGCUAUUGGCUCUCAAAGAGACUCUCAUUGUAUCAGACUGA